UUUUGUGACCAAACAUUCAGUGUGUUAGUCAGCCUUUUCAAAAAAACUGAACCAAAUUUCGUGCAUGGUUUGAUACACAACAUCAUAAUCUAUUCCGGUGACUGUAACUUGGUAAUAAAUUUCAUUUUCAUACUUACGUUUAAUAAGUAAACAAGUGACUUGAUUGUUUUUUUUUUAAAGGCUAUUCUGAUUUAAAAGGGAAACACCAACGUACGGUAGUCCGAGCAAUUUUCGUUGUGCCAGUGCCAGGCUUUCCAUUGGUUCCUGUUUACUUGAUGCCCACAGGAGACACUGUGAUUGGUGGCGGUUUACACGUGACCAGACAACUUUGUACAUUUGACAGGGAGUAGGAGGGUUUUGUGGAGAUCAGAAAAACGACAGCGCGAUAAAAAUUAGUAUUGUUGCACUUCACAAAUUAAUGACCAUGAGUUCCUACUUGAUAAACUCGAACUAUAUCGAACCAUCGUUUCCACCAUGCGAGGAAUAUCAACAGAGCGGAUACAUCCCUACCCCUACUGAGUACUAUGAGCGACCCAAAGAUACGGGCUUUCCCCAUCACGAUGAGGCAUCGUAUCCGAGGUCAAACUACACGGAACCGACCUACGACUACGGCAAUGUUGCCACCAACGGGCUCGACGAUUUCACAGACGGGCAUCAUACUCAGCCCCAGCCAAUUCCACAGAACCAUGGUCCUCGCCUCAACCCGGUUCAAGACGGUGGCGCAGGGGCGAACGCAAGCAAAGACUGCAGCCUCGCCACUGAGGCAUAUCCCGGAGCACCGAAAGGCAAGGAGCCGGUUGUGUACCCGUGGAUGAAGAAGGUCCACGUUAACACUGUCAAUGCCAGUUACAAUGGAGGAGUGCCCAAGAGGUCUCGCACUGCCUACACCCGCCAGCAGGCACUCGAGCUCGAAAAAGAAUUCCACUUUAACCGCUAUCUGACCCGACGCAGGCGUGUGGAGAUAGCCCACACGAUGUGUCUCUCCGAGCGUCAGGUGAAGAUUUGGUUUCAAAACCGAAGGAUGAAGUGGAAGAAGGAUCACAAGCUACCUAACACCAAGAUCCGCUCCGCGAACUCAUCCUCGGGUGCCCAGCAGCAGCAGAUCAAAACAGGCCAGCAGCUCGUUCCCACGCCGUGCGCCGCCAGCCUAUAGUGAUUGAACCUCGCGCAAAGCACGCCGAACCAACACAGACUGAGAAUGGCAAAUAACAGAGUGGAAUUUUGUGGACCGAUUCUUGAGUAUGUCACACAUGGUAUUACCCCUUUUCACCCGUCUGUUGGGCCUGCCACAAACCCCUCACGCUCUUUCUCCUCUUCUUUUCCUUUUCACGUUUUUUCUGAGUUCAACAUUCACCUCUUGCUGCCAAGAUGGCAUGCAACUGAAAAGUGUGUACUUGUCUAUUAUUACAAGAGGAUAAAAACGCACAUUUAAACGUAUCGGACUGGGAACAUGUGUAAUUGCACAGAGUUAAGGGAAUGGAAAUGAGACCAGAUUAGGUGGUAACUCACUUUCUUUUUCCUCUAUGGAAUUUUUUUGUUUAUUCUCAAUAAAAUUUCUAAUAUACUUGAAAGACGAUAUUUAGGAACACUAUAGAUACCCUCACAGAUCAGCAAACUCUCUUGCAGAGGGCACAUUCAGUGUUAGAGCGUAGUUCGUAAGUGAGUCGACCGGUUUAUUGUUGAAAAUGUUUUAAGUCGUGUUGUCCAGGUGACUUUCACCCCUAAUGUAUAUAGACAAAUCAUAGUGAAGGCACAAUGAAGAAACCAUUUUGUCCGUUAGACUCGUGUUUGUAGUUUGGCUAGUUUUCGUGGUAAUGUGUCUUAUUUUGUGGUGUCAUCCAAACUGUGAAUAUUUGUAUGUGUUGUCAAUUAAUGGACGUUGUAAAGUAGAUUGCCCAUGAUGUUAUUGUGAAAUAAAUAUGUACUUCAACUAUAUGGCUAAACUGGCUGUGGCUGUAGCACGUUAAGACAAUUUACAUCCAUACGUUUUGACUAGAAUAUUUGGAUUUUGCGAAUCAAAUGGCUAUUAUUUCUGUUAAACAUCUGGUUUAUAGCAUAAUGCAGCGUAAGAUUUUUUGAAAAAGACUGAUGGGGUUUCAUCAGCCUGUUCACUUCUUCAAGUUUGUGUGCGUAAUUUAGAUCAUCUUCACUAUUACAUGUAAAUUACCAAAUUGUAAAAGGUCAGUAUUAGAUAAACCUAAUCUUGCGGAGGUAAUGCGUUUACGAUAUUAGUAUUACAUGUUACGUUAUUUUCCGAAUGACCACACUGUUAGUCGACAAUCCCUAACCCUACACCAACUAGUUAGAAGGGGACCUCAAAAUAUGUUGCAUUUUCUCUGGACGUUCGUUUUGUUCAUGUCUACUAUACAAUUAUAAAGGCUAUUCUGCCUUUACAUCUUUGAAUAUUAGAAUAGUCAAAAUAAUAGUAACUAUUUUGUUAACUAAUAGUCCAGUGAGUCAUGCCUGUAUGCGUAAAGCGUGUGCCAAAAGUAAAAUAUCUUAUACUAUACAUCUAUUGCUCAAUAUUUAUUUAGUGAUUAAUUAUAUAUUUGUGUCCAUUGUAAGAAAAUCUAGCCUAAAUAAUAUAUCUUAAAUUCAAGUUUGGCUACUUGAAUCGUUCAUUUGGAGUUGUUGGUCGAACAAAAAUGGGACUUUAGUGCAAGUGCCGGGCAACACUAUGCUUCUGUUUUUAUCUUCAAUUAUUAUUCAAUUAUCUCCCCUAAGCCCAGAGCACCAGAGUGUGAGUGUUGGUCGCUACCUGCUAGAUUUAAACAAUAGAGAGUUCAACCAGAGGACACAACAGACUCUGGCCAAUCAUCGACUGACUCCGAGCACUCUGCGUAACCUCUGACCUUAAACACACAAUGUCCAGACCAUAGAUCCGUGUUGAGACCUCCGCAGCUUGUUGAUCUCUUUUUUCUAUUCUUACACGAGACAAUUCGGAAACAAAAUGGCGUGUAGGUGUGCAACUACACGAAUCCAUUCAAAGUAGUCUCCUCUGCACUUCGUUACACUUCUGUCAGAUCAUCUGUUACAAAAUGCUGCUGGUUGAGGAGAAACAGACAGGCUGCUGUUUGUAAAUGCUUUCCCAUUUGACUCAAGAUAUAGGCGUGACAAGUGUGAGCGCUCCAGAGGCUCCAGAAGAUAAAGUCUGUAAAGAAUUAUAGGCAUAAACUGCGCAUAUGUAAAUGUUUGCAUAUCCUCGUCAUUAUGCGUGUUUUCAUUUCUUUCUCGGUAUGUGUUUAAGUUUCAUGCAUCCUAUAUAUUUGGUUGGAAGAAUAGUCGACUCAUGUUCAGGAUAGCCUAUUGAGCCAGACAAAAGGUCAAACAAGGAGCUGAGCAGAAGAUGACGCUUUAGGAGAUUGGCACAGGUUUUACGCUGGCUCUUAAGACGUCUUCUUUAGUGCUCAUUUAAUGAAUAGAGGUCACUCCCAAUGUGCUGAAAUUUGAAUCGGCUCGUUUACGUGACGUGUUGAAUAAUGAAUGUGCUUUAGUCAGAAAUAGAUAUGACAAUCGUCUGUAUUUUCAUUUGGACUUUUGCUCCUUGGGUAGCGAGUCAAUUCUCAAAUCUCUGUCAAAGUUCUCUGCAAUUCCCGGUGGAUGUCAGCCACAAUUAUUUUAUAGUUCUUCUCAAAUAGAUCCAGGGCAUCAGGUCUUCAGGAGACCCUUGCCUGCCUUCGGUUCACCCGAGGAGGCCAUUGGCGGAGAGGCGUCACGUGACCAAGGGUGCCAAUGUUAUUCUACAAGGGUGUCAAGACCCUGUCAGUUUCUGAAAUAAAUAUUGGGAAACGGCGAGAUGCAAAAGGCAACCUACUACGACAGCUCUGCAAUUUACAGUGGCUACCCUUAUCAAAGCGCAAAUGGCUUCAGUUAUGAUGCCAAU